GCCGUGCAUGCACCGCCCAUCUCACAGAGCCCUGGCCAAGGUACAGGUGGGUGCUGGGUGGUGGCGUAGGGGGACUGCUUCGAGGAAGCUGAAGAGCAGGCUGGAGGGACCGCGGCGGGGAGGAGGGCAGCCCACUGACCCCCACUUGCCCACAGAGCAUCCUGCAGACAUGAGGCUCUUCCUGUCGCUGCCAGUCCUGGGUCUAGUCCUGUUCAUGGCUUUGCAAGGCCCAGCCCCAGCACAAGCGGCCUCCGACUUCACCAGCACCCUGGAGGGGCUCCCGGCCAAGCUGAAGGAGUUUGGGAGCGCCCUGGAGAACAAGGCCCGGGCCGCCAUCGAGCACAUCAAGCAGAGUGACUUGCCUGCCAAGACCCGGAACUUGUUGUCCGAGGCUGUCAGCAAAAUUCGGGAGAAGUUCAAAGCCUCCUUCUCCUAAGCACCUGAGGGCCGCACCUGAGCGCGGACUUCUUCGUGAUGCCCAGGUCCUCCCCAAUAAAGAUCCUACCGAGAUUC